GUCAAAAAUUCCAGAACAGGCGCCAACAUCGUGAUUGGAAAGCUGCUUAAACGACAUAGUUUUGAACUACAUCUGUCACCGUAUAAAACACUGACCCUCCAUUCCUACUUGGAAAUCUCAAACAAUUUCUCCUGCACUCUGAGCGCUCACCAAAGUCAAAAGGGUAAUAAAUUGAAAACAAUGACAAGUAUGCUGAAAGUAGAGCUGCUCCGCCAUGAACUCGCCAAGCGUGGGCUUGACUCAACUGGAACCAAGCGCUUUCUGGUAGAGAGACUGGAGGGAGCUUUGCUCAAAGAGAAGAAGAAAGAAGAGGAAAAUGGAGACAAUGCAAAUAAUGCUACCGAAAAUAACAAGAGAAAAAGAGGAAUGGAAUCGGAUGUUGAUAAUAACGAAGAUUCAAACGAAGUAAAGGGAAUUGAGGAAUUUCAACAAAUGAAUGUCAAGCAAUUACGCGAACAAGCUACUCUUCGAGGUCUUUCCACUGUUGGAACCAAAAAGGAAAUUGUCCAGAGGCUUUGCGAAGAUGCCAACAGUAAUUCUCUUCGUGUUAAAGUGGGGGAAGAAGAAGAAGAAGAAGAAGAGAAAGAGAGUAUCAAGGAGGAGAAAAUCGUUACUGCCACAAAGAAAGGGGUGGCUGUUCUGGAUCAAGGGAUCCCAGAUGAGAUAAAGGCUCAUUAUCAUGUUUUACAACAGGGUGAUGAUAUCUAUGAUGCCAUGUUAAAUCAGACAAAUGUUGGGCAAAACAAUAACAAGUUCUUUGUGAUCCAACUUCUAGAAUCUGAUGACUUGAAGACAUACAUGGUUCAUAAUAGAUGGGGUAGAGUUGGUGUAAAGGGUCAAACUAAGUUACAGGACCCCUUUACUUCACUGCAAGCUGCAAUUGAUGAGUUUCAAUCAAAGUUCUUUAACAAAACCAAAAACUAUUGGUACAACAGAAAAGACUUUGUUUGUUACCCCAAGUGCUAUACCUUGCUAGAGAUGGACUAUGAUGAAAAAGAAAAAGAAUCUGAUGUCAUAAGAAAGACCAACUCUUCCAUAGGGACUCAAUUAUGGGAGACAAAGCUUGAACCGCGUGUUGCUAAAUUUAUCUCUGUCAUAUGCAAUAUCAGCAUGAUGAAGCAACAAAUGAUGGAAAUAGGAUACAACGCUGACAAAUUGCCUCUUGGUAAGCUAAGCAAAUCCACAAUUUUAAAGGGCUAUGAUGUCUUGAAGAGAAUUGCUGAUGUGAUUGACCUGUCAAACAGGAGCAAGCUUGAGCAAUUAAGUUCGGAAUUUUACACUGUGAUUCCCCAUGAUUUUGGAUUUAGAAAAAUGCGUGAAUUUGUCAUUGACACACCUCAGAAGUUGAAAAAGAAGUUGGAAAUGGUCGAAACCCUGGGAGAAAUAGAGGUUGCAUUGAAAUUAUUAAUAGAUGACAGUAUGGAGGAGGAAGAUCCUUUACAUUAUCGUUAUCAACAACUUCAUUGUGAAUUGGUUCCGCUCGACAAUGAUUCUGAGGAGUUUUCUAUGAUUCUGAAGUAUAUUCAAAAUACUCAUGCAAAGACACAUUCAAAUUAUACGGUUGAUGUUGUUCAAAUAUUCAAGGUGACAAGAGAAGAUGAAAUUGAACGCUUUAAAAAGUUUUGUAGAACGAAAAAUAGAAUGCUUUUGUGGCAUGGUUCUCGGCUUACUAACUGGACUGGCAUUCUGUCCCAAGGUUUGCGCAUUGCUCCACCUGAAGCACCUGUGACAGGUUACAUGUUCGGGAAGGGGGUUUACUUCGCUGAUAUGUUCUCCAAAAGUGCAAAUUAUUGCUAUACUAAUUCUUCCUUCACAACUGGGGUGUUACUUCUUUGCGAGGUUGCUCUGGGCGACAUGGCUGAGCUUCUUCACGCUAAAAGUGAUGCUGAUAAGUUGCCAGAUGGGAAGUUGAGCACAAAAGGUGUCGGUGCAACUGCCCCGGAUCUCUCUGAAGCUGAGAGACUUGAUGAUGGUGUCAUAGUUCCCCUAGGAAAACCAAGAGAGCAAAAACGUGAGGGUGCUUUAUGGUACAAUGAAUAUAUAGUGUACAAUGUCGACCAGAUAAGGAUGCGCUACUUGAUUCAAGUUAGUUUCAACUAUACAAAGUAGUUUUCCUGGAGAAAAUUUUGGUUCUUAAUCUCUCUUGUAAAUUUAUGAAGUAUAUUUGCAUUCUGUGUGUACCCUGCUGUUGUGCUCUGGUUUCAUACGUUUUAAAUGUAAUGAACUGUUUCCUUAGAAAUAUGAAU